UAUUCUUAACCCUGUGUUUAUAUAAUGUUCGCCCGCAUUUCUCUCUCCUUUUAAAACCACCCUACUUCCUCCUCUCCACAUUCAUGCCAUUCCUCUCUCUCCCUUUUCCUUAAUUUUUUAUCCUCUUCUGCAGGUGUUUCUUCCCCUCAUUUGAAGACAAAAUGGCGAAUUCUGCAUCUGGGAUGGCGGUGAACGAUGAGUGUAAGCUCAAGUUCCUGGAACUGAAAGCAAAGAGAAACUACCGUUACAUCACCUUCAAGAUUGAAGAUCAAGAGGUGGUGUUGGACAAGCUUGGCAGCCCUGAUGACAGUUACGACAAGUUCACAUCGUCUCUCCCUGCUGAUGAGUGUCGCUAUGCUGUCUAUGAUUUCGACUUCACCACUGAUGAAAAAUGCCAGAAGAGCAAGAUCAUCUUCAUCGCAUGGGCACCUGAGACAUCCAAAGUGAGAAAUAAGAUGGUCUAUGCUAGCUCAAAGGACAGGUUUAAGAGGGAAUUGGAAGGAAUCCAAGUUGAGCUGCAAGCAACUGAUUACAGUGAAAUGAGCAUGGACAUUGUAAAAGCACGUGCCGCCUGAUGCUCUCCCAUCCCUCUACACUUUCAUGUUUUUCCAAAAACUUUCCUUGUUUUCUUGUUUCACAGCACACAUUUGUGCCCUACUUUUUUUUGUCUUAGUUUACUGUAAUUCUCCGAUUCACGAACUACCUCGUAUGCUUUGAUAUGCAAUAGUCUUUGUGUUGUUUUGAUA